UUUGACCUGUCGCACCACCAUCUGGAAGCACCCUUGCACUUUGGUUUUACUACAGGUGGGCGUCAUACUAGUAUUUUGCUGCUAACUGGAACAGACAACGAUGGAGUGGUAUCUAGUGCUGCUGGUGGUUGUGUUCUUGCUUGUGGUGCUGCAGAAAUGGUGGACUGGGCGGUUUGGGUACUGCAAGAGCCAAGCAGAUAUGAGGGGCAAAACUGUCAUCAUCACUGGAGCCAAUACUGGUAUAGGUAAGGCGACUGCCCUUGAGCUGGCCCGCAGACAUGCGCGGGUUAUUCUAGCCUGUCGGAACAGGAACAAGGCUGAAGCAACCAGGGAUGACAUCAUCAAAAUUACAGGUAACACAUCUGUUCUUGUGAAGGAGGUUGACUUGAGUAGUCUGGCUUCUGUCAGGACUUUUGCUCAGGACAUCUACAAAGAAGAACCUCAACUUGAUGUACUAAUCAACAAUGCUGGGACGACAGGUCCAGCCAAGAGGACUCUCACAGAAGAAGGAUUGGAGCUUACGUUUGCCGCCAACCAUUUUGGCCAUUUUCUUCUCACCAACCUCCUACUGGAUCUUCUGAAGAAGUCCUCUCCCAGUCGCAUCGUGAACGUGGCGUCCAUGGCACACCUGUGGGGGAAGGUGGAUUUUGACAACCUGAGCGGGGAGAAGUGGUACCAUGAGGGGCGGGCGUACUGCGACAGUAAACUCAUGAACAUCCUGUUCACAAGGGAACUCAGCAACAGGCUGGUGGGAACAGGUGUGACGGUGAAUGCUCUACAUCCUGGCACUGUGCAGUCAGAACUGUUCCGCAGCGCUCCUUGGUUCAUUAAAGUGCUGUUUCAUAGGAUCCUGAAGCCAUAUUUGAAGACUCCGUACCAGGGAGCGCAGUGUUCUAUCUACUGUGCCGUGUCUGAAGACAUGGCCAGAGUGUCGGGCCAGUAUGUCUGUGACUGCCGUAUCCAGGACCCCGCCAAACAUGGCAUGGACGAGGGAACAGCCAAGAAGCUAUGGGAAGUGAGCGAGAGACUGACAGGGCUAGCUUCUUAAAGACUUCUGACAGAGAAAGCUGGGCUUCUUAAAGACUUUCCUAGACUUAGGGGCUCCCGCGUCUCGUGACACAUGAGGCAGUCAAUGUAGCCCAGCUUCCUCUGUCAGCAGCCAGCCUCAAGGCUUCCUUCCAGCUCAUGCUGACUGCUUGAGGGUCCCUCUCGACUGGAUCAAGGGUAAUCUACUACUAAACUGCUAUCUACGUAAUUGUUUUGUUCUGGUUAUUGUUAUUGUUAGGGUGGGUUGGCUACUCUCUCUCCUUGCAGCCAAGGGCUGACUUGUGAGGAACUUUGAAAGGCUGACAGGGCUAGUUUCGUAAAGGAUAAAGUGUAAUCUACUAUCAAAGGGUUAAUGCCCCGACCCGAGGUGUAUAUGGUGAGAUAAUCCCUGGUCAGGUGCAAUAACCACCGAAUAUAUAAACCACCAAGUGAGCGUAGCGAAGUGUCUACCUCGGCCUGAUAGCGAAGUGUCUACCUCGGCCUGAUAACCAAUGGGAAAUGGAGCCUUUUGAUUGGUCAACGGCUACUGGCUAUAUGAUAAUAAACGGUAAUCUACAUAGUUAUAGAGCUACAUAGGUACAUAGGGAUAAUCAAUGACCAGUCGCGUCAAAACGUAAUCUCGCGAGAGUUACGUUUACAGAAACGUGACCUUACUUCAAUUCAGCCACACAUGUGCAAUUUCAAAGUUGACAAUAAACUAUUAUUA